AUGAAUAAUGGAACAAGGUUGCAAAGUGAAAUGUUCGAUGGGAAUGAUAGAAAUGUAACAACUGUUGUUUCUAAUUCAACACCCUUAGCCACUCACAUUGAUCCCUUUUCACUCGAAGGGGCCACUAACCAAGUAUCAACUGUGGUUACCACCACACUAGUAGAGGGUCUUGUUAACGGCGUUACUCAGGCUAUCACCGAUGCCGUGGGAACUAUCACUUCUUCCAUAUCAGACAGUGCAUCCUCAUCCCUGCAGCCUAUAUCAGCUGUAAACUCGGACAGUGUUCCCAUUAUUCAUACUGGAACGAAUAGCAGCACUGCGCAAAUUGUUCCCUUUAGAGGAAAGUCAGAAGAUUUAUUUUUGCUCCUAAAUAUUUUUAUUUUCCUUCUUCCUUUCAUUUCACUCUUAAUCGUAAUUCCCUUCGCAGCGUUUUUAUAUGAUCAUACACCAGUGGGACAAUUUUACAAUGAAUUGUGUGACUUCUUGUGCAUUACCCCCGAGGACAAUGAAGACGUUAACGAAGAUGAAGAUGAAAUGUAUAAUGACAGACUUAGCUUUACUUAUUAUGGUAAUGGAAAUGGACGUACCUUCUUUAAUCCCCCAUGUUAUGGGUCAAAUUUUAAAACGUUUACGCAAGUUGAAGGGGAAAAGGAUAACAACAAUGGAAAUGACAAUAAAAGGACUCGUACUAAGGGAAGGAAACAUAAACAAAAUAUUGGUGUUGAGCACUUGGGGCACGUGAACUUUACUUUUUGCUCUGCAUCACUAGAAUCAUGCACACAGGAAAAUGAAGUGGACCAUUUGUAA